AUCGAAGGUAGAAUCAGAACAGGUACAACGGGUAUAUCUUGUCCUCGAACUUUUGUGGUGCUCACUCACCCUCUCUCUCUCUCUCUCUCAUGGCUUUACUUCUUCCAGUCUCAACGGGAUAUCUACUUUCUCAUUCUUCAUUUCGUGGCUCUCCAAAGCCUGUGCCCCCUUUCUCUCUCCAGACGCCUCUCUAUGGGCAUCAACUUUCUUUCAAAUCUUGCAUCUUUCCUCCACAAAAGUGCCGUUCCAUUGAUCCCGCUGUGUCUUCUUCUUCUUUGGCUUCGUCACCUGCUUUGAAAGCCCUAAUUUUUGAUUGUGACGGUGUGAUUCUUGAGUCAGAGGAUCUUCAUAGAAGGGCUUAUAAUGAAACAUUUGCACAUUUUGAUGUUCGUUGCGCUUCUUCGCCCUCUCAGCCUGUGUAUUGGGACACGGAGUUUUACGAUGAGCUGCAGAAUCGAAUUGGAGGGGGCAAGCCCAAAAUGAGAUGGUAUUUCAAGGAGAAUGGAUGGCCCUCUUCAUCUGUGUUUGCUACUCCUCCUGUUGAAGAUGCUGAUGAAGCUAAACUGAUCGACACACUCCAGGAUUGGAAAACUGAGAAAUACAAGGACAUUAUAAGAUCGGGAAUGGUUGAGCCAAGGCCUGGAGUGCUGAGGUUAAUGGAUGAGGCUAAGGCUUCUGGUAUUUGUCUUGCUGUGUGCUCCGCAGCCACUAAAAGCUCAGUAGUACUCUGUCUUGAAAAUCUUUUAGGAAUGGAUCGCUUCCAGGGCCUUGAUUGUUUCCUUGCUGGUGAUGAUGUGAAGGAAAAGAAGCCUGACCCAUCAAUUUAUAUUACAGCUGCAAAGCGAAUGAGAGUACCAGCCAAUAAUUGUCUGGUUGUAGAGGACAGUGUCAUCGGCUUACAGGCUGCAACAAGAGCCAGUAUGGCUUGCGUAGUUACUUAUACAUCUUCAACAGCUAACCAAGAUUUCAAAGAUGCAAUAGCAAUUUACCCUAACUUGAGUGACGUUAGGUUAGAGGACUUUGAAUUGGUUCUUCAGAAACAUUUAGUUGCUUCUUAGCACAUCCAUCAUAUACAUGCCCUUGAAUGGGAUUCGAGCAUAUGAAUGAUUCUUGACUAAAUUCACCCUGUUAAGUAUUCUGUUAAGCAUUCCUUUCCUUGUGGAGCUUCCGGGGAGGGAAUUUUUGUCUUUGAGAAACUUAACCAUGGGAAGUUAUUGGUUUGUAUGUUCUGCUGAUUUUCCUAUUGCAGAUUUGAGAUUGCUUAUUAAUGGUUUGUAUGUUCAGCGGGACUGGGCCAUUGGUUUCAUUUUUGUGUGUUUGAUUGUUCCCACAUGUCAAGGUUACAAGCAAAUCCAAAAUGAUGUGGAUAUAAAAUUCUUUAUCCUUAUGACAUCUAGAAAAGUGUUUGAAUAUAUAUUUUUAGAGAGAGAUCAGGAGAAUUUCCAUCUUACCUACAGACUGGUGGCAACAAGUGUUAUAUCACAAAGCGCCAUUUUUGGUACUCCCUUUUCAAAGAUUUCCAAUAUGUUUACUAUUUAAUGUUGAAGAAAGCUAUAUGGUUCCUAGGCCACAAUGGGGUAGAGGAGCGCUGACCGGGCAGGCGUGAUGUGCUGUUUCAGUUUUGAGGCACCCCACAUACAUUUACAUAUAUGCACAGCAAAAUGCACAUGAAUGUGUGUGUGUGUGUGUGUUUGUGGGAAUUUUUGUCUUUGAGAAACUUAACCAUGGGAAGUUAUUGGUUUGUA